GUGACGAUUUCCGUGUGUAGCUUCGCUGCCGUAAAGUACAUCGUGCGGAGUCGAAGGAAGGUUAAAGCGAGUGCCACAAAACGCAGCGCCAUCAUGCCGUUCAUCGACGUGCAGUCAUGGCUGGGCAUCAACAUGGACCGCUGGAUGCUGCUGCAGAGCAGCGAGCAGCCAUACAAGCGGGCAGGUCGCUGCCACGCCUUCGAGAAGGAGUGGAUCGAAUGUUCCCAUGGUAUCGGGCAGACGCGAGCCAAGAAGGAGUGUCAGCUGGAGUUUGAGGACUUCUAUGAGUGCAUGUGGAGGCAGAAGACGAAUAAGCGGCUGUACACGAUCAAGAAGCAGCGAGACGCUUUGGUGAAGGAGGGGAAGUACACUCCACCUCCCAGCCACUCAGGCAAAGAAGAGCAGGUGCCGUGAGGGUACACGCGAGCGUCCAUAGCUCGCUCUCUUCUUGUGUAUAAUAAUUCAGAUGUCACUAUAUCCUGUUCUCCUGUACAAGUUUGCAAAUAAAUGUUAACACCCAC